AAUUCGAUGUCUUUCAAUUUAAUUCUAACAAUACUUACUUGAUAAUCUCACCACUUCUUUACACGGCGAUAAAGAGGAUGACGGGAACUCAACAAGAGGAAACGGAAAUUCCUCUCAAAUCGGUUGGACAUCUUGUGGAGAAUUUGUGAAGUAAAAUGGCUACUGCUAUAUCUCGGCACGUGGUCCAAGUAUUUCGAUUACGACCUACAUUUAUUUCAAAUAAAAUAUUGCAGGAUUUGAAAUCAAAGAAUUAUGUUGGGUUUCGAUUGAUAUAUACUGAGCAAUUUCUUGGGAUAGACAAAUACAAAGAACAAAGAGAAAGAAUAAAAAGCCAGUUUGGAAGCAUGAAAGAAAGAUUUCAUGCUCGUAUGACUCAGUAUUUCAAUAAUGAUGGUCAACCUAUGGUGUUUACUGAAGAUCUCAAAAACAUGGUGUAUUUGGCCGAGGACAAAGGAGACGAUAUUGAACUGUGUCUUAAAAUGAUGCAAAGGUUCAAUCAACAAAACAGAGAGCUAAGGUUCAGCACUUUUGUUUUUGGACCAGUUGCAAUGCGAUUGUUCUACUUUUUAGACAAACCUGACAUUGUUCUACAAGCACUGAAUGAUGAGCAACUUGAUGGUUUCUUUGAUCAAAUCACAUCGUAUCAUAUUGCGUUAGACCUCCUGUUUAAGCAUCAGCGUUAUCAAGACCUUGUGGAUUGUUAUGAACAUCUCAGAACGAAACAAUUAUAUGGUACAAAGUUUCCAAGGGAAUGCAUGGUGCUGGUAUUAGCUGCAUGUUACAAGCUGAAUACAACUGCUUCGUAUCAGCAUGCUUUGGAGCUAGUAAAACAAGCAAGAGAGGCUGGGGCCAACAUCAUUCGAAAAGGUGUAGCAUUUAUGGCAGCUUUAGCAGUUAACCAGAAUGAUCCAAAAACGGCUAUGGAGAUCCUAGCUAUGACUCCUCAACAGAAUUACAUUACCGUCAAAAAUCUAAGAAUUAUUACGCUUGCAGAAUUAGAUCGACUAGAUGAUGUGUUUCCAAUUUUACGUAGUAUAGUGGACCAAGAUGUUCCUAAGAUGAUCAAAACUACAAAUGAGAUUUCCCAAACUACAAUGGAGAAGAUUCAGGUUGCUGUGGAACGUUUAGGUGACAAAGAGAUGACCCAUAUUUUUGAACAAAUAUGCCGUGCUCUAAAAGAUGGCGACCAUAUCAAUCCUUCUUCUUUAGAUGACUUACUUUGUACAGCAGUAAAGUCCAAACCUCCUCCACGAGACAAACCGUGGAUAGAAGGAAGCGGGCUUCAUUCAUCGCACCGACCACCUCAAAGUUCUUUCCCUGGUAGUUAUUCACGAAAUACAAUGCACCAAAGACAAGGUCUCAGGGAUAUGGAUGAGUAAAAUUAUUAAAUCAAUGUCCCUGUUGGAAUUGAUAUAUUAGAUAUAUUUCUUGCUUUUGUCAUUGUAGAUACAUCAUACAUGUAUACUGAGAUGUAUGUUAUAGAUCCAUUGAAAUAAAAAAAAAAACUGCAA